AUGCGCUCCGAGGGCGCGGCCCCCGGGCCGGCGGCGCCGCUGUGCGGGGCGCUGAGCCUGGUCUUGGGCGCGCUGCUGGGCAAAGUGAUCGAGGGCCGAGGGGUUGCAGACAGCAUUCAGAGAUUCUCCUCGCUGCCACCGUACCUCCCGGUGAGCUAUCACGUCCUCAGAGCAGAGACCUCCUUCUUCCUAAAGGAGACCAGCCAGGACUUGCUGCGGAACUCAAGCCUGCAGUCCCGAGUGGAGUCCUUCUUCAUGUACAAGGCCAAGCAGCCUCCAGUAUUAAAUGCCAGCUAUGGGCCUUUUUCUGUGGAAAAGGUCAUGCCCCUGGACUUAAUGUUGACUUCAAACUUUUUAGAUCCCUCCAAUAAGUUUAGUUUCGACUGGAAACUGAAGGCCCACAUCCUGCGGGACAAGAUCUACAUGAGCAGCCCCAAGGUGCAGGUCCUCUUCCACAUCGUGGGCAGAGACUGGGACGACCACAGCGCUGGGGAGAAGCUGCCCUGCCUCAGGGUCUUCGCUUUCCAAGAGACCAGAGAGGUGAGGGGCAGCUGCCGGCUGAAGGGGGACCUGGGGCUGUGUGUGGCCGAGCUGGGGCUGCUGCCCGGCUGGUUCAGCCCCCCCACGGCAGGUCCCGGGAGGAAGAAGUUGGUGGAGCAGCUGGAAGGGAGUCCCGUGGAGCUAUACUACACGGUGCAGCCUGGGAGUGAGCGAGGGGACUGCGCCGGGAGCGACUUCAGGAAGGGCAAUGCCAUCCGCCCAGGAAAGGAAGGGCUGGGGGAAACCACAGCCCACCUGCAGAGGAUCGGCACUGUGGGCCUCUACCGGGCCCAGGACAGCGCCCAGCUCAGCCAGCUGCGUCUGGACAGCAAUGUGGUCAUCUGGCUGCCAUCCAAGCCAGUCAGACAGGGAGAUGUGGUCACUGCCUAUGUCACUAUCUCCAGCAAUUCCACCGUAGACCUCUUCAUCUUGAGAGCCAAGGUGAAGAAGGGGGUGAACAUCCUGAGUGCUCAGACCAGCGAGCCUCGGCAGUGGGGUAUCCAGCAGGAGCUGGGCAGUGGCGGGAAGCACGUCACUGCCACAGUGAUCUGCCAGCGCCUGGGAUCCAGCGCACGCAACAGAAGCAGCAGCUUAUUCAAUGAGGUUGCGCAGAUGAACUUUGAGAUCGCCAGCUUCAGCAGCCUCUCGGGGACUCAGCCCAUCACGUGGCAGGUGGAAUACCCGCGGAAAGGGACCACAGACAUCGCCGUGUCCGAGAUCUUCAUCAGCCAGAAGGACCUGGUGGGCAUUGUCCCCUUAGCUAUGGACACUGAAAUUCUGAACACUGCCAUCCUCACGGGAAAGACAGUGGCCAUGCCCAUCAAGGUGGUCUCUGUGGAAGAGAACAGUGCAGUCACAGACAUCUCAGAGUCGGUGGAGUGCAAGUCCACAGACGAGGACGUCAUCAAAGUGUCAGACCGCUGUGACUAUGUCUUUGUCAAUGGCAAAGAGAUAAAAGGCAAGAUGGACGCAGUGGUGAACUUCACGUACCAGUACCUGAGCGCCCCCCUGCACAUCACCGUGUGGGUGCCGCGGCUGCCCCUGCAGAUCGAGGUCUCAGACACAGAGCUAAGCCAGAUUAAGGGCUGGAGGGUCCCCAUUGUGGCCAGUAAGAGGUCCACUCGAGAGAGCGAGGAUGAGGAUGAGGAGGACCGGCGUGGCCGGGGCUGUGCCCUCCAGUACCAGCAUGCCACCGUGCGGGUCCUCACCCAGUUUGUGUCUGAGGGGGCCGGCCCAUGGGGCCAGCCAAGCCACUUGCUGAGCCCUGACUGGCAGUUUGACAUCACCCACCUGGUUGCAGACUUCAUGAAGCUGGAGGAACCACACGUGGCUAUACUCCAGGGCAGCAGGGUCCUGGCUGGGCGUGAGGUCGGGAUGACAACCAUUCAGGUAUUGUCCCCACUGUCUGACUCCAUUCUGGCAGAGAAGACGGUGACCGUGCUAGAUGACAAAGUGUCAGUGACAGACUUGGCCAUCCAGCUCGUAGCUGGGCUGUCUGUUACCCUCCACCCCACUUCAGAAAACAGCAAGGUCAUCACAGCUGUUACCACAGCUGAGGAGCUGCUGCGGUCCCCUAAACAGGAGGCCGUGGUCAGCACUUGGCUGCAGUUCAGCGAUGGCUCCGUGACUCCCCUGGACAUCUACGACACCAAGGACUUCUCCCUGGCAGCCACUUCCCAAGAUGAGGCCAUCGUGUCUGUGCCCCAGGCCCGCUCCCCCAGGUGGCCCGUAGUGGUGGCAGAAGGGGAGGGCCAGGGGCCACUGGUCCGAGUGGACAUGACAAUCGCAGAGGCCUGCCAGAAAUCCAAACGCAAGAGUGUCCUGGCCGUGGGCAUUGGCAACAUCAGGGUCAAGUUUGGGCAGAAUGAUGCUGACUCUGGCCCUGGGGGGGAUUACGAGGAAGAUGAGAUCAAAAACCACGCCAGUGAGCGCAGGCAGAAGGGGCAGGAUCAGGAGCGCACAGGCCAGGACGGACACUUCUACGGCAGCUCUUCCAUGGGGCGCGAGGAAGGGGCUCUGCGAAGGGUCACGACCACAGCCAAGUCGCCCCUGGACAACAAAGUGGUGAAGAACAGCCGGGUGGACGGGGGCAGGCUGUCUGGAGAGGGGCAACUGCAGAACAUCCCCAUAGACUUCACCAACUUCCCCGCCCACGUGGACCUCCCCAAGGCGAACGCUGGGCUGGAGGAGAACGACCUGGUGCAGACGCCCCGGGGCCUGAGCGACCUGGAGAUCGGCAUGUACGCCCUCCUGGGGGUCUUCUGCCUGGCCAUCCUAGUCUUCCUGAUCAACUGUGCCACCUUCGCCCUCAAGUACAGGCACAAGCAAGUGCCCCUGGAAGGCCAGACCGCUGUGCCCCAUUCUCACGACUGGGUGUGGCUGGGCAACGAGGCCGAGCUGCUGGAGAACGCGGGGGACACGCCGCCUGCCCAGCACGAACACACGACCGUCAUCGACCGCGGCCUGGGCGCCUGCGAGGAGAGCAGCCAGCUGCUCCUGAAUGGCAGCUCGCAAAAGCACGUGCAGAGCCAGAUCCACAGGGCGGCCGAGGCCGGGGGGAAGCAGGGCCGGGAACAGAAGCAGGAGCCCCUGCACUCGCCCACCUCCAAGAGGAAGAAGGUGAAGUUCACCACCUUCACCACCAUCCCCCCGGACGACAGCUGCCCCACCGUGAACUCCAUCGUGGGCAGCAACGACGAGGACAUUAAGUGGGUGUGCUGAGACGUGGGCGUGGGCUGGGCGUCCCAAGGACUCAGGGCUCGUCUGGAGAGAGUCCCAAUUCGUUUCCACUCUGUAAAUUAG